CCAAUUAGUCAGCGCGACCAGAGAGGAAGCCCACACUCCCUGGAUCAAUGACUAGCCCUAAUCCUGCCUACAUAUGGUGAAACUGUCCUGAUAUUUCCUACUAACAAUCAUUGCAUUGUAACCAAAGGUUUGAAGAUGUGCUAAAUAACAUAAAAGUGUUUUCUUCACGGGAGAUACCCGGGCAAAGAAAUCAGCAAACAGGGAUGCAAGGAAGUGGUAAGAAGGACGUAAAGAGUGUAAAGACAAGACAGAGUUAAACUAUUGUUCCGGCGAUCUGUGCUAUGUCAACUACUUCCGUUAAUGUGAAAGUGGACGAUAUAAGAAAAUCAGUCAGACUGAGCACAAAUGAGAGAGACAACAGCUACACAGAAUUGAAGAGGCAGACACUGGCUUGUCAGCUAUUGGGAAUCCUCGCUCUGCGCAUGGCAGACAAUGAAACCAAGUGGACUCACACACAAGGCAUGUUCCAAAAAACAUCAGGAAAUAAAAAUUCAGCAGGAAAUACAUCAUGGUAAGCUACAGCCUAGAUUGGGGCGGAACACAAGUGGAUAAAUUCUUCCUCGUGUGGACAAGAACAACAGACCCAUGUCAACUUUCACGCUGAUAUUUUUUGGUAGGUAAACGUUGUUGUUUCAUACUCAGUGAACCAUCAAACAGCAGGACAAGGGAGCAGGCACCACAUAGUCUGCAUCAAAGCCUUUUGGCUUGAUUUGCUUCGUUUUCAGACAUUCACAAAACGAAAUGUUUUCGUUCAGGCCUGGGGGAUAUUAGUAGAAACUCUCUACUUAUCAACUGACAAAAAUGCCCGCCAUCAAUGACCGGUACACGUCUGCGGUGUCACUGAUGUUGUGUUUCAUCAUGUGUUGCUCCGGUUUUAACAUUGACAUCGAGUCCGCAGUCGUCCAUUAUGGACCUAACAACACCUUGUUUGGAUACCGUGCUGAGUUCCUCAAACACGCCAAUGGUUAUACAAGCUUGCUGGUGUCGGCUCCGCACUUUAAACCUAAGAAGGUGAAUUCAUCAGGAGUUUACUUUUUGUGUGAUCCCCUGCAACAGAUUUGUACCAGCCAGACGACCGUCCCAUCUACGGAUAAAAAAUACAUUAAUGUGAGCACAUUUGGAGAGGAAGAAGAAAUGUAUGGCCUGACAGUGUUAAUGGUCAACAAAUCCACUGCUUUGGUGUGUGGACCGCUGUGGAGCACCUCAUUGGAUGGAAGAGUAGCUCAUCGUUUUGCAGUGGGGCGGUGCCAGCUGAUUCCACCCGGGAAGUCUUCUUGGUCUCCCAUGACGAAGGAUGUCUCGAAGUACAUUGGAUCAUUCGAGAUAGAGGGGAGGUUGGAUUGCAGGGACUUGAAAGGUCUGUCGCUGUUUGGCUUCUCCGCAAGUCAUGAUGGGGAAGAAAACAUUGUCAUCGGUACUCCAGGAUAUAUGGGCGGAAAAGGGUCUUUUGGAAUCCUUACACUGGGAAGUGGAGAAUUCGAUAUGAAGGAAACUGAUUUGUUUGACGAUGAAGUUGAUGUUUACUUAGGUUUUGCUGUUGCCAAUGGAAAUUUCUGUGGCGAAGUGAAAAUUUGUUUUGCAGUUUCAAACAAAAUGCCCGAUGGAAAGGUCUACAUUGUGGCCAGAGAACAACAUGCAGUCUUCCGUAAAGUUCAGCUAUUGUUAGGUCCACAGAGCUACUCCUCCUUCGGGUUCAGCCUGUGCGCCAUGGACAUCAAUGGCGACGGUCUGUCUGACCUGCUGGUGGGAGCCCCGACCUACUCGGAUGACAGCACCGACCCGAAUCGUAUGACUGCGGUACAGUCCUCGUCUAUCUGCAGCUGCGGUAACCUUGUAAAGAAUGUUAACCUGGAUGGUGGCAGAAAAAGCUUCGCUCGUUUCGGAUCAGCUAUAGGAAAUAUUGGCGACAUCAAUCAGGACUCGAUACAAGAUGUGGCUGUCGGCGCCCCACAAGAAGAUGAAGGAAGGGGAGCAGUGUACAUAUACCUGGGGAGUUCAAAAGGACCGGAAACGACCUUCUCACAACGGAUCUCUGGGCGAGAUAUUGGGAAAGGAUUGUUCUCUUUCGGGUCUCACAUAUCGCAGCCCACUUCAGACAUAAGCGCUUAUAAAUAUCCAGACUUUAUAGUCGGAAGUCCUGAAAGCAACUCCCUGGUAGUUCUCCGCACCCGACUGAUCAUCAAUGCAAGACUGAAUAUCCUCACAACAGCUAGCCAUAUAAACAUCUCCAGCAACCCCUGUCUCGUCAAAACCAAAGUGGAUAGCUUCAAGACCAGUGGAUGUAUGAAACUAAGUUUAUGCCUAAACUACUCCUCCAGCUUCACAAGUUAUCCAUAUGAAAAUCUUCCCUUUGACCUGACGUUUCAAGUCGAUUCUCUGAUGACCUAUGACCCGUAUAGGCGAGUACGGCUGUACAGAGGUCAAGGGGACUCCCCAUUGACGAUGGUUAAGGAAACUGUGUCCGUCAACGUGCAGAAAGGUUACUGCAUGUCAUUCGAUGCCAUACUCAUGGAGGUAAAAAAACAAAACAAAACUGGACGAGAUCACCAGAAUCCUUUUUUACCCGUGAAAAUAGAAGGAAAUUUUACUCUAAAUAUGACAACCUUGCGUGGAAUUGUGAAACCCAUUUUGAACUCAUCUCUUCCAACCAGCACAUCGGCUGAGCUGCGAUUUCUGACCAAGUGUGGCGAGGAUCAGAAAUGCAGACCGGACUUGGUUUUGUCGGGAAACGUGCUCCACGUGCCUUCAGAAGAAAGUCUGAAUCUGAAUGUUGUCAACAUCACGAGUGAAGUGGUGUUAAACCUCUCUGUCACCAACAAACAGGAAACAGCUUACGGGAUCAGGCUGAUAGUCAGCAUACAAGGAGAGAUUCAAUUUCGAGCUGCAGAUGGUGAUAGCGGUUCACAUUUUAUUUGUGAAAGCAAAGACAACUCAGAAAAGAGUGAUGAUCAGAGGUCCUUUAGUAACUUGUUUGAACUGGCUACGCUUGAAUCAAGGGGGAGCAUUGUCCGUGAAACUUCUGUUCGAGGCAGCCUCAGUUCCACUGGAGGCCAGCUCUCCCGUGAUACCUUCAAUGUUACAGCCGAGCCCUACGACAUGGUUCAUAAUCCAGAUGAAGAUAUGAGUGACAAUAGGAUCAUUUUAAACUCCGAAAAGGCUAUCAUUGCGGACCUACAAAUAUUUGGUGAGAAUGGAAGACUAAUAAAGAAGAUUAAUACUCAAUGGCAGAUAAUCUCCAUAGUACUGAACGAGGAAGAACAGAAUCCGUGGAAGUGGUGCUUUGGCAUCUGUUUGGAGGUUCUACGAGACUUUGACCUUAUUCAAAAUCUUGUGGAGAUGGCUCCUCGACCCCUCGCUAUCUGUAUGUCUACGACUCCGCCCACACGGAUCUACAGGCCGCCCACACGCUGCUUGGUAACCAAUAACGGCCCGAGUUUCAUGCCCGCUACUCACGUGAACAUAAGCCUUCCAUAUAUGGACAUGGAGGGCAGGGAACUUGUGACGUCACACAAAGUGAUGAUAAAACAACCAGAUGGAACCAUAGAGCAGUGUCUUGAUGUCAGCUUAUCAAACUCAGCUGUGGUAAUGACAACACACUCGUCUCAAGCACCAUCAUCAUCACCAUCACCACAGACAUCCCAGAAAUCAAACAUUCUUCUGCCUCAGACCACAGGCAGCCCGGGGUCGGAGUUCGUGCCCCUCGAAAUAGAGCCAUCACGUCGCCGCCGUCGUCAAGCUGGGAACGAGAUGCAGGACAUCUUCGUGAACUCGACUGAAGACAGAGACAGCACACUGCGAAUGGACUGUGACAGCUACAUGUGUCAGAUAUUCCAGUGCAGCCUUCCUGUACUCCCGAGACAUGCACAGGCUGAGAUUAAUAUCUCCAUUGUUUUCAACAGCAAACUCUUGCCUUUCUCCAGUAAGAUCCUUAAUAUCUUGUACCUGUCUGACAGCAAAGUGGCGGAACCAUCAACACCAUUCUUCCACCGAUGGACAGAACCGCGAUCGAAAAAUGUUGAUACCGUCCUUCGUCAAGUGAUGUCUUCACACAGAGAGAUCAAUAUCUGGAUUAUUAUUGGCGGAGUCAUCGGCGGUCUUGCAGCGCUCGCCAUUAUCACCGUCAUUCUUAGACGACUGGGCUUCUUCAGACGUGCUGACAAACUGAAGCUGCAGAGACUGAAGAGAGAAAGCGGUUACUAUGACAACAGACGACGGCCUCCACUCAAUCUUACAGAGCAAACGGCAGUUGAGGGGAAAUGAGAGGUCAGCAACUCCGACAUCUUGGGCCGUGCACAGUAGAAGAGAGGGUUAAAAUAAAAUGACAAUUCUACUUCAACUUUAGAUUAGUUUAAUCAUUUGCAUUACUGGUUGCCAAGGUUUUGAUUUUGUGUCAAGUAUUGGUGUCCAGAGGAGAUGUUCAGAUAUGUCUGAGUGAAUGAUGUGACGAUCUGAGAUAAACGUUUACAGCUAUGAAUGUUUACUCGCAACUUGUGUUACAAGACGAUCAUCUGACUGAUAUGAGUUGUCAUGGACUACAAGAUCGGAACUUAUUAACUUUCUAGCUUUCAUUCGUUCAUGGGAACAUUCCCUGUGACAAAGUAAAUCUGGGCUUCUGAUGGUCCGUUGAGAAACCGUUACGCAUACAAUACAAUUUCUUUUAUUUGAACACACGCUAGUUGCUUUAAUUCAAUAGAUAUUAUGUUUGACCUUUGUAAUUUUGACUUGCAACACGCUUCUUCUUUUUCUUUAGUAAGAUCGAGAAUGAUUACAUUUUUAGUCGCCAGCCACUUAAUGUGUGAUGGUAAGAGGCAAUCAUGCUUAGUUCUGGCAGAAACACCACUGAAGACACAGGAGAUUAAAUUGAAGAACAGGAAGCUGGUGAAGACAUGCGGUCUCUUGAGCACAUGAGCUGGCGGAAAUCAAAGCAAGGCGUGUGGUCAGGGAGGAAGUCACACCCUAAAGGACCUUAAUGUGUCAACACGACCUAGCAUCACUCAUAGACGUUAGUUAUUUUGCCACAACCGUUAUUUUGUGCACCAGUAGGAUUAUAGAGACUUCGCUUCUUCAAGACAGCACACAAAGAGAUGAAAGAAAAUCAGUCUUGUAUCAUAGACAUCUAGAUGAAAUUCCUAUUGUUACAUGUAUAUAUCAAUAUGUAUCAAUGUGCUAUACAUAUAUAACCCAUACAUGUACUCUUAUGAGUAUUCCUAGAUUUUUAUCAGCUGAAUUUUGGCUUAAAAAUAUCGCAAUUUUUUUUUAAAGCAAAUGAUUAGCAGUUAAACAAAAAGAGCGAGAAUCUUUAUGUACGGAAAAGAAAUUUGAGAGAGAGGGGGAAACCUGUAUUAACAAAAAGACGAGAAGUUCAACUUCAUCACAGUGAACAUCCGGGCAAAUUGUGCCGUUAUGGAUGUAGUGUGUCAGGUCCUCGCAAUACAGUGAAGCUCGGGUGUGCUGGGUUCGGAUCUCGUCUCCUGCAAGGUGGUCUUUCUCCAUAUAUGUAGUACCUGCGUAAGGACAUGCUGCUUUGCCAUAGUAUCGCAUAAUCGGAGUUCUUAACCGUGCUAAACGCCGAAGAGUCACAUUUCCAAAUCACCUAAAGUCUCAUUGUUUGGCAACGUGUUGGCAAACGUGUUUGAACAUAUUAUUUACUGGAGUGCUAAAUGUUCUGAUCAUUCACUAUCAAACUUCUUAUUUCCUGUGACCUUUACACACAAUUUUGGCAAAGAAUUGUCGGCGGCAUCUUCCCGGUUAAGAAAAACGUUUUGUUACUCGGCUCUGCAUAAAAAACCUAAAACAUUCAAAUACGACAUUUUUCAAGACCGAAGCUUUGAUUAAUAUAUACAAACAACAAACAAAUAAAAACUAACAAAUAAACAAUAAUAAAAGUUAAAGUUUUAAAUUAUUUUUACUUCGACAGCGUCCACAUGCACUGUUUUUAUAUCAGCUUUUCAUAUAAAAUAUCUAUAAAUUAUAUUGUUUUAUACGAAUAAAGAUAAAUACUGUAAUCA